AUGUCAGCAGAAGCACCCACAUCAAAUCAAAAGAGCAAUUACGCAUUCGAGAUCAGAUUUGUCGAUGAUGAUAUUGUUCAAGUGUUUGAUAUAGCUGCUAAGCGUAAACAACAAAACGACAAAAGUCUACUGUUGCCAACAGAGUACAAGCAAGAAGAUGUAUUGAAAGGCCAGCUGCGGUAUUCCAAGCUGAUGGGCAGUGAUGGACAUGUGCAAAAGGAUGCCUUUGGAUUAGAAGAAACUGGGUUGCCAUACCAACAUACAGUAACAACCAAACGCAGUAAAAACAGGAGAUCAACACAACGACACACCUUUUUCAUGAUGGGAGGCGGUGGUGGUGGUGGUGGUGGUGGUGGUGGUGGUGGUGGUGGUGAGAGCAACAUGAAGCCAACAUCUGUCAGCACCAUUCAUGAUGGAGAUGAAAUGGACAAUGGUUACGACUCGGGGACAGCAGUUACAGAAGUAAAUGAUGAAUACCUGGAAUACGAGAGAGACAAACAUGAGAGUGUCCAUCAUCCAGAGCACCAAAAGGACAUGGAUAUCACAAGCUUGAUAUCAACUUCAGCUCCAACAUUGAUACAGGAGCCACCCGUAGCAUGGCAACCGCCAGCAGUGAUACAUUCAAGUGAGCCUGUUGCGCUACCAAUGCCGGCACCCACUUCGUUACCGCCACCUGUCAAACAACGAGAAAGGUCCACAAAAAGAACGCCAGAUGAUCCAGUAAUAGAUAGUGCUACUUUGCUUCAGCAACCUAUACAAAACGAACCCACUACUACAUCACCCUCUAUCAUUGAAAUGUACCAACCUACUCACAGCGCUGUGACAUUCCCCAUUACCACACAAGACUAUACCAGCAUCACUGCGGUCAAUACAGAUCACAGCAGUAGCUAUAUGCCCCACCACCAACAGCAGCAACAACGACAGCCUAAAAGAGGCUGCUGCUGCAUUAUAUCCUAA